AUGUCAAGCUCUGCGUCGACUGCAACCACCCAAGCUGCCAAGGCUCUGUUGCGCAAGUCACUCAAGCGACGGCUCAAGCUCGUGCCCCGAGUUCAAGUCGCCCAAGAAUGUCGGUCCGCACGCGGCACGACCGUGCUGGUCAACUCACCUUCAAGAGCUGAUUCCAUUUCCAUUCUCCCAGCCGCUGCAAUCGCCGCUCGAGUCCUCGCUGCAUCGUGGUACGUCAAGGCCGAUGCGGUCAGCUGCUACCUCUCCACUCCGGUCGGCGAAGCGAGCACCGAUUCGAUCAUUCUCGACGCCUUGAGCAAGGGUCAGUCCAGACCAGGCGAACCUGGCAUCCUACACAGGGAAAAUUGCGUAUUGACUCCAACACAGGAAAACGCGUCUUUAUCCCCUUUUGUCCACUCGAGCAACCCACGGUCAUGCGCAUGCUCAGGCUCAAAUCCGUUCAACACUUCGAAAGUCUCCAAUUGAAUCGAUGGGGCAUUCGGGAACUCGAUCCACGAGAGGUGAGAGUCGUGGAUGUAUUGAGGAGUCAUGAUCCACGUCGCUUACACUGUCGUACUCCCAGGUCGAAGCGCUUGAAGACGGUGAGAAUCUCGGCCCCGAGAAGUUUCGAGACGGCCGAAUACCGGGGCAAAGCUCUGACUAAACCCACCGCUUCCUCCUUUCCUUCCUCCCUCAGCGGAAUCAGAACAAUCCGGUGGACUCGACUUGAUUCUGGUCCCUGGUCUGGCGUUCGACCGCAAGAAGCGACGGCUCGGACAUGGCAGAGGCUACUAUGAUCGGUGCGUCAAGUGCACCUCAAGGACUGUCACGAGUAUUGGACUGACACGACGUACUGAUUGGUCCAAGAUACAUGACCGAGACCGGAGACUAUCCCACGCGAUUCAACAAACACCCACCUUAUACAGGUCAGCCGACGUUUUAAGUGCACGUCAGUCGAGACCUGAGCCGACACUGAUAUGACUAAAUCAUUGGCCUACAGCUGCCCUAGCACUUCAGGCUCAAAUGAUUGAGCAAGAUGAUCCCGAUCAGAUCCCUGUGACAGAGUGGGAUCGUAGACCCGAUGCGCUGGUCACACCGGAUGAAAUCAUUUUUUAAGGCUCCUUACUGGAGCAGUUCAGCUUGCUCCGUUCUGGGCAUGCACUGUCUACGACUACCUCUUUGAAAUUGAAGGCUUCCAUGAUCUUGACUCGGAGGAUCGGCACAUGGUCGAACGAGCGUUCGAGAACUUUAAGAGUGAGCAGGCGUGAACGGGUUGAUACUUGCACAGCGUGCGUACUGUUUCAAGACUGGGUUCAUUGGGUUUUAUAUGUGCAGUUGACCUCGACGACGCCGGAACGAUCAAACCCGGCGGUGAUCCGACGCCCCAGGAAGUACCGCAAACGCCCUCUCCGAGUGACAGUGCUCUUUCCGAGACCACCUGCAUCGACAGACGUCGACGAGCCAAGACGAAUUCGAUCCGGGACACUCAAGUGGAAGCCAAUCGGAUCGAAGUGAGGCCAACCCAGAACGUUCAAAGUGGUUUGCCGCCUGAGACGCCUUCGAGUCCGAUCAAGCCAAACACCAAAUUGAAGGCGAAGGCGGGAACCAAAAUUAAGGCUCCUCCUAUGGAGCACGAUCCUGCGCAGACGACGUUGUUCGCGAACACGGCCAAAGUUGAUGACGACGAGAUGGUGGAGGUGAAGGGCGAGGCCUGA